UGUACCCUAGAGCUUAAAGUAUAAUAAUAAAAAUAAAUAAAUAAAAACAAUAUGCAGUGCUGCUCUUCAGUGUAGAAAGAGCUUGAGAAUUAUCUUGAACUCCAAAUCCUGUACCUUUUUUCAUCACAGUUGUGGUGUAUGGGUUUUAUCUAGUACUGGUUUUUUUCCAAGCCUUUUCACAUCUUGACACAUAGUAAAUUUGACCAAAAAAAGAUGAAAGGAAAGAUAAAAGAAUGUGUUCUUGGCUGGAGGUGACCUACUCUUGGUGUCUAGCUGCCCCAAAGACUGAGAGGAUUGUUAACUCUGACACCUAUAACCCAUUCAUGAUUUAGUUGGUAAGCAGAUCUGCCCAUUUCUUUCUUCUUCAUUGCCAGAUCUCAGUUCAUGCAAUAGUUAUGCCCUGCUUCCACUUCAUCUAAGAAUAAUUCUGUGUCAUAAUAUACCAUACUUAUAUAUUAACCUUCUCAUAUUUGCAUUAGAACUUUAAGAUAAUUGGGCUACUUAAACUUCGUAACUCCCCUCAUUACAUCUUUUUUUUUCCUGAAAACAUUUGCCAUUUCUCUCCCAACCACUGCCUCAUUUACUAUCUCUGCAAUACUUUUUGUUUUCUUUUCCAUUAGGGAUGAUAUGCUGUCUUCUUUAGGAAACUACCUAAGUGUAAGUAAGGAAAUGAAUGCCAUCCUCCCUAGUGUUUUUAUUAUGAUAGCUAAAAUGUAACGUAUAACAAGAAGUAUAUAUAGAAACAAUAUUUUUGUUUUAGUUCUAUGCCGUAUCUCUCCAUAGGUUGUUUUUUAUAUUUUUAAACGUUUAUUUUUUGAAGGUUGGAACCAGAUAUGAGAGUUUAAGGAGCUUUAAACUCUUUUAAAAAUCUUUUUUUUAUAUUUCAAAUUCCUUUUUAUUGUAAAAGUUCCUGCAGAACAGAAAACUUUUAUUUAAAUAGUUUUCUGUUCUCUUGAGCAUUGUACAGUGUAUUUUUAGUAUACUUAGCAUACUUACUAUUACUUGAUGUUAAUUCAGCCAGUUUUAGGCUGCUGGGGGAGAUGAUUCACAUACACUAACAGUUAUAAUGCAAAAUAGAAACUAGUAAAAGCCUCAAGGUUAGUUGCCUUUCUUUGUGCUUCCAUAGUAACCCAUGCUUAUUCCUUCAUUGCAACUAUACUGUAUUGUUAUUGCCUCUUUAUUUAUCUCUGAUAGAGUCCAUCAUAAACUAGAACAGUGGUUCUUAAUUGAUGUGGGGGUGGUAAGGGAUGGGGCUUGUGCAUUUUGGAAAAUAUCUUCUCAUAUUCUUUUUCAGGUACAUCACUCUCUCCAUCACUAUCACUCCUGCCCUCCUUCUUUUGAAAACUCCUGUACUCACCUUUAUGCCCUUCGAAGUUAGGGAACGUAUCUUAUUUGUCAUUUUAUCUCUAGUGCUUAGCAUUUUUUUUUGGCAUAUGUGCCCAUUAAAGUACACAUUAACUAUUUAUUUCUUGCAGGAAGGUAAAACUAGGUUAGAGGUGGAGGGAGCACUUCUAACCUGGAAGAAUAUUGAAGACUUCCUUGAAGAAGUGUCAUUUGAGAGGAGCUAUGAAAAGAAAGUGGGAUCGGGAUGCAUAGAAAGGCAGUGGGAAUUUCCUUGGAUGGUUUGGCAACAUGAACUAGCAAGAAAGGAAGAGUGAAUGAGGAAGUGCACAGAUACCCCAUCUUUGCAGAAAGCACUCUCUUGCUGAGCUGGAGAACAAAAGACAUGUAAGCCUUAGAUAUCAAGCAUAAUAGAGAUGUCAGUAUAUUUGAAGGAUUGAAGGAAUAAAUGUAAGCACUUGAAGAACUAAAUGCGUUUAACCAAAAUCAAACAGUGGAGACAAGGUAGGAAGAAGUAGAACUGUAUUAAAUUUCUUAUCCUAAAGGAAUAAUCAGAGAUGAGACCUAAGAUGAAGGAACAAAAUGUUUAUUGUGGCAUUCUUUACAGUUGAAAAAACUGAAAACAUACAUGGAGUAUUAAUAAAAACUGAUCACAUGCUAGAUCACACACAAACUUGAAAAGCUACAAGGAGCCGUCUUACAGGCCAUGUUCCUUGACUAAAAACGGUCUCAGUUUCUCCUUAGGAAGUGGUUCUCAGCAUUGUCAGCGGCAUCAGCAUCAUUUGGGAACUUGUCAGAAAUGAAAAUUCUGAGGUCUCAUACCAGAUUUACUGAAUCAGAAACUGGAGGAGAAAAGCACCUCUCAACCUUGUUGAAAACAAAAUUAUCUUCCUUUGCAAAUCCAAAAAGAUGAAAACGACUGAGAUACUUUCAAAAGACAACCAAGUGAGCACCACAGACUAAUGAGUAGAAUCAAUAAGAACGUGGUUUUGGCCCUUUUAACACUGACAAGUUCUGCAUUUCUGCUGUUUCAGUUGUACUACUACAAGCACUAUUUAUCAACAAAGAAUGGAGCUGGUUUGUCAAAAUCCAAAGGAAGCCGAAUUGGAUUUGAUAGCACACAGUGGCGUGCAGUUAAAAAAUUUAUUAUGUUAACAUCCAACCAAAAUGUACCAGUGUUUCUUAUUGAUCCUUUGAUAUUGGAAUUGAUUAAUAAGAACUUUGAACAAGUCAAAAAUACUUCUCAUGGCUCCACUUCACAAUGCAAGUUUUUCUGUGUUCCAAGAGACUUUACUGCAUUUGCACUGCAGUAUCACCUAUGGAAGAAUGAAGAAGGCUGGUUUCGGAUAGCUGAGAAUAUGGGAUUUCAGUGCCUAAAGAUUGAGAGUAAAGAUCCCCGGCUAGACGGGAUAGACUCACUUUCUGGAACUGAAAUCCCCCUGCACUAUAUCUGCAAACUGGCCACUCAUGCGAUCCACUUGGUAGUCUUUCAUGAGAGGAGUGGCAACUACCUCUGGCACGGCCACUUGAGACUUAAAGAACACAUUGACAGGAAAUUUGUUCCCUUCCGAAAGUUACAGUUUGGUCGUUAUCCAGGAGCUUUUGACAGGCCAGAGUUACAGCAAGUUACUCUUGAUGGACUGGAAGUUCUCAUUCCAAAGGAUCCAAUGCACUUUGUAGAAGAAGUACCACACUCUAGGUUUAUUGAGUGUAGGUAUAAAGAAGCUCGAGCGUUCUUUCAGCAGUACCUUGAUGAUAACACUGUGGAAGCCAUGGCCUUUCGGAAGAGUGCAAAGGAAUUACUGCAACUAGCAGCGAAAACAUUAAACAAAUUGGGAGUACCAUUCUGGCUGAGCAGUGGAACUUGUCUAGGAUGGUAUCGACAAUGCAACAUUAUUCCUUAUAGCAAAGAUGUUGACCUAGGAAUUUUUAUACAAGAUUACAAAUCUGAUAUUAUUUUAGCAUUUCAGGAUGCAGGACUUCCGCUCAAACACAAAUUUGGGAAGGUAGAAGACAGCUUCGAACUAUCCUUCCAGGGAAAAGAUGAUGUAAAACUUGACAUUUUUUUCUUCUAUGAAGAAACUGAUCACAUGUGGAAUGGAGGCACCCAGGCCAAAACAGGAAAAAAAUUCAAAUACCUGUUUCCGAAGUUUACACUGUGCUGGACUGAGUUUGUAGACAUGAAGGUCCAUGUACCCUGUGAAACCCUCGAAUACAUUGAAGCCAACUAUGGUAAGACCUGGAAGAUUCCUGUAAAGACGUGGGACUGGAAGCACUCUCCUGCCAAUGUGCAACCCAAUGGAAUCUGGCCUAUUUCUGAAUGGGAUGAGGUUAUCCAGUUAUAUUGAGAUAGUAGGUUGAAAUGGGAGAAUUUCUCUUUUGGAAAAAAGGUAGAUAACUGUUUAAAAAAUUCAUGUCUAUUUGUCAAACAUAAGUGGGAACCAAAGAAAAAAAGUGACAAGUUUGAAGACACGGAAAGAGUCAUCUGAUUUAAUUCUCUCACUUAGCACCGAGGAAUUUUCAUGUGCCACAUACAAUGCUAGGUUACAGUGGAGAAGCCUAGGUGAAUGAGACAAAUACCUACUUCUUUUAUUCCUCCUUUUGGUAAACAACUCAAUUUUCCUUUGAGAGAACCCUCCCCCACCCUUUGAAGAGUUCAAGUUCUCUACAGGUUUUUAAAACGUUAAGUAAUGUUUGAACUGGAAGAUGAGCUCACCAGGCAAAGCUAAGGAAGGAUAUACUAGUUGAAAAGAAUAACCCAUUCCUCGUCUGGGCAUUUAAGCUGGUAUGUUAGUGCUACUUUUAAGAUUGUGGAGUCUGAGUUAAUAUUCAAGUGAUCAGACUUUGAGUGGCAUCAAGAAAAGAUGAUACCAGGUUCAUUUUUCAACUAAUCUUAUGUGGAAUUGAAUUGGAGAACAAGGCAUUAUUCUUUUAGGGAAGGUGAGAGCUUAUUUGUAUCAGAGCUUAUUACUUGUCAGGAUAAGUAAAUUUCUAUACAUGUACUAUUUUCAUAUUCGAAGUGAGAAGAAACUUCAUGCUUGUGUAAUGCUUAAAUUUCCAUCCAUUGUGAGAAUAUUUUCACUGACCUCUGAUGGCACUUGUUGACAAAUCAUUCAAGUGAGACCAUGCUACUAGACAUGAUUUUGAAAGAGUCCAUGAUUUCACAAAAGUCAUUUUUAUUUUAUUCUCAGUCAGUCUGUUAGGUAAAAAUAUGAGAAAUUCAUGUACAUUUUAUAUUUUCUGAAUCUAUAAUCCGUGCACUCCCAAUUUUAAUGACAAUAAAAUAUUAAUAGAAUUUUUUAAAUAUACUCUAAUUUUUAAAACGUACUCUUUAUUAUCUUCAUUUAUCAAUUACAGCUUCAUAUCUUUAAUUUAUGGUCUAUAUACCAAUUUAAAUGGCAUGUAAACCUACCUGUUUCUUCUCCUCUUCUAAUAUAUCAGAUCUCCAGAAUGGAAGCUAAAUGCUGGACUUGGCAACUAUUCACCCUACCUCAGAUCAUAGAGUUUGUAAAGUUUGUAUCCCUCCCCAGUUUUUCAGUCUGUUGAAUGUCGAUGGGGAAAGAACUCAGACUUCUACUUUAUCAAGUACCACACACUCUGGAACCCUGUAGUUUCCUUUUCCCCUCAAGAAGUCUGAGUCAGCUGGGAUGCUGUUUACCCCAUCUCUUGACCAGUCACUUGAAUGAUACAUUGUAAGUGAGAGGUAAAGGAAAAUGUAGGCACAAUAAGCACUGCUAUUUUUCUCUUUGUCUAGGAAAGGAAGCUGAAUCUUAUAUCUUAUCUAUGCUAUUUAGGACUACUUUCUGGAGCUUGGCAGAUUUUCCUCGGACACCAGAGAACAAUAGUAAUCUCAAAAUGGAAACCUGAAUGUCUGAGGGAAUGGGCUGGUAGACUUUUUCGAAAACAAAUUAGGGAAAGUAACUUACAACCACCCAUUCCAGAUUUUUAAAGCGACAUGAAAACCUUUGAUAAAUGAUAACCAACAGUCUCCUGUCCUAAUUUGCAUUCUCAAUGCAGAAUUAUUGGGUCUUUCAUAAAUAGCAUGAGCAGGUUUCUGGAGACCUUUAAGAUUGUCAGCAAACUUGUCCCAAAAUGGCACAUCAUCAUAAUCCAUUUUCUUUUUGCUAGAAAAUCAGCCCAUAGAGUACAUUCUCAGAUUCUCAACAGCUGACCCUAAAUUCAUUUUUCAUGCUCAAAAAUAAUAUAACAAAUAAUAAUACUAUUUUUGGGCAAAAUCCACCCUACUUGAUGGGGACCAUUUGCUUGUGCUCAGUAUUUAGAAAUGCAUACACUCCACAUUUCUCCCCAUUUCCAAUUCGGACUCCCAUUCUUUGCCAGGAGAUCUUACCCAUCCCUUUUCAGAUUAGUCUUUUAUCCUUUCCUGAAGUACAAAGUCUUAGAGUGUCUGAAAUCCAAGACAUCUUGGCCCCAUUGACACAGGUCCUAUAUUCCUCCUACGUAGACCACUGGCUGCUGAAAUACUUUUCUUGUCUUCUGGUUUCACAGGCUUCAGCUCAUGGGUUCCACCCUAACUUGGGGGAACAAAAGCCUUCUUCUAGAAUCUGAAGGCCAGGCUUACCUCUGAUUCUGAUUCAUCCAUACUUCAUCUUAUGUAUUUUAACAGUUGGGUUCUGUGGAGUGUCCAGAGACCUUGGGUUAGGUAUAUCCGUCUUCAGUACCUCAUUGGAUCACUUUUCUUUCCUCACUUGAGUAUUCUAGCAGUCAUUCUUCUAAUCUGACCACUUUCAGGUUUAGUUUACCUGGCUUACCUGGGGAAGUUGACAACUUGUUGGUAGUUAGGCUCCCAUGAAUGUCUCCAGAGACAUCCUGAGAGGCAAGAUUCCUCUUAAUUGACAACCAGGACAACCAGGUAGUCACCCAGUCCUCUCUAAGCAGGGAGCGCUUGUCCUUCUCUCCUCUGCUGCAGCUACUGAUAUCUGGCCCCUGGAAUAAAACCAUAGUUCCUAAAAUUGAGCAUCCCUAAGAGUAGCUGCUUGGUGAGACAGCUGAUUUCUUUGAUUCCCUAGCUGCAAAACCUGAAAUUGACCACUAGGUGACAGAAUGUUUGCCAGUAUUCCCACAAAACAAGUUACAACUUAAAUGAAAAUCAUUCUGCUUUUGAAUCUUAAAAGCUAGAAGAAACCAUAAUGUAAUAUUCUUUUUAAACCCUCUUAUUUUAUAACUAAAUAAAUAAUCACAGAAAGGAAUGAUCUGAACAAGAACAGCUGAGGCUAAAACCCAAGACUGCCAUGACUUCUAGUCCAAUGUCUGUUUUGCAUCACAACACAGUAUCUUUAACAGUGCUUGAGAUGCUUAACAGAGAAGUCAUCCAGUGCUUCAAUGAGUCUAAGUCUCAGGGUAUUUCUGCCACUUAGUAUCUUUUUAUUCAGAUUGAGAACCUAAGGCGACAGAGAGGUCAUGGGGAAGUAUUUUCUUGUUCAGAAUUCUUAAACUUGUUCAUACCUUUAUCUGGAAAAUGCCUUCUCUCCAGACAAUAAGAUAGUUCACAUCUGGAGACAUCAGCCUUUGGUACGUAAUUCUCUAAGCUCAAGAUGCAUCCCAUUGCCACUUUACCGUUCUAUUUCCCAAGGGAACCUUCAAAUGCCUGUAUUUGAAGAGUCUCUCCCCUUCCUAAAGUGACCUUUCAUGAGGCUCUUUCCUUCCUAAAAGACCUUUCCCUGGUAGUAGUGGUCUCAUUCACAAAAAAGAAUAAUAGAUGUAACUGGAGUCACUUUGCAGUUUUCAGGAUUUUUUUUUUAUCUGCUUGGCUAGAAAGGAGACUAGAGUAUCUAGUUGUCAGUAUUUAAACUACUUUUAAUUAUUUAUAUUGAUACUCUCUUAUAAAUGCAAGUAGUUAAGAAUAGAUUGUACUCAUUCCUUUUUAAAUUUGUGACCUCAAACCAUUGUUUUUAUUCUUACACGCCUACAGUACUUCAAAUGGCACAUAGAUAGGCAGGAUAUUACAUAGGUAAGCAGGAAUUUACACGUUGGGUACCAGAGCUAAAUCUGGAAAACACAUUUUGAAUGUGCUUCCACACUUCAGUCUAAAAUUUCACCCAAACUUAUGGCUACACGUUUUUCUAAGUUUUCCCCCUAGUUUCACCUUCUGGAAAGUGAACAGUUUUUUAAAUCCUAAAUGUUAUAAAUCCUUGGGAGAAAUAUUCCCUCAAAACCUAGUCAAGAAAGUGCCACAUUCCCACCUUCUAACAGGUAAUUAUUAGUUGUAAUAGCUUUAAUGCAUGGAAAAACUUCAGUUACCGACCAGUCAAGAGAAUUUCUCAAGAAAAAUCCCAGCAACUUUCCCUCUUUCCUCCUUGUCUUCCACUAUCAUUAAGACCUGAACUAGAUCACCUCUAACAUCUCACUUAGGAAAGGCAAUGUGUUGCCAUAAAAAGACCACAAGCUUUUGAGUGAGGCCUGAAUUUGAAUUUCAGCUUAAUCAUGUGGGAUUUAUGGUGGGGGCCCUUUCAGUCUCAACUUCCACAUUAGUGAACUGGGGAAAUGAUACAUACUUCCAAGGGUUUUUAGGGGAUUAAAUGAAGUACACAGUUCUUAGCCUCAGGCCUAGGAUUAAGUAAGUACUCAGGAAAUGUGCAAUUUUCUAGUUCCAUGUUUCUUUUCUAAUCUUCAAAUUAUAGAAACCGUGGGUCACAACACAUUCCUUUACUCAAAAGGUUGCAUGACUGAAUUAGCUUAAGAAAAAAAAAUUAUAUCGUCAUUAAAAAUUAAAUUAUAUGGUUUACGAAUUCAGAGACAUUACCAGUUUGCCUCCUUCUUUUAAUAGAACUUGUAUUUUCAUUUUCUUGGUUAAGCAGUUGUCUCCUAAUAUUAUCUCAUAUGCUACCUAGUUUGCCGGUCCCAAGCAGUUCACUGUACUUCCCUAGAUUUGGUACCUACUCUCCCCUGGACUUCUUUUUCAAUAUUCUAGCCUUUCCUAGACGUAAAUCUUUACCUCCUUGUUAGUGAAAUUAGAUAUAAACCAUGAUUUGGAGAGGGAAGAAAUCUGGAAUACUUAGUUUCAUUUAAUUGUCUAUGCUGGUGAAUGCCUGUGUCAUUGUUAAUAAAGGAGAAUUGGAAAUACUAAUUUCUACUUUCUGCCCCCAAAUUUCUGUUUCUAUCUCAACUAGGCAAGAAUCAGCAGGGUGCAUGAUGCCAUUUUAAGCUGCUUCACAUCAGACUGAAAUCCUAAUUACAGUUUAUAAGUGAAACAGACUAAUUCAAUGGUGAUACCUUUUGUAUAGGUCCUGUGCUUAAAGGAGGCAAGUAUAAAUUUUCUAAUAAGAAAUCCCUGCUUCUGUUGGGUGCAGUGGCUCACACCUGUAAUACCAGCAGUUUGAGAAGCCAAGGUGGGUGGAUCACUUGAGGCCAGGAGUUCGAGACCAGCCUGGCCAACAUAGUGAAACCCCAUCUCCUCUAAAAAUACAAAAAAAUUAGCUGGGCAUGGUGGCAUGUGCCUAUAGUCCCAGCUACUCGGGAGGCUGAGGCAGGAGAAUCACUUGAACCCAGGAAGUAGAGUCUGCAGUGAGCCAAGAUCACAGCAUUGCACUCCAGCCUGGGCAAUAGAGCGAGACUCUGUCUCAGAAAAAAAAAAAAGGAAAGAAAUCUCUGCUUCUGUACUAUCAAAACUUCUACCCUGGAAUACCCCCUCCACCUUCUAACCCAACCUAAUACAGAGAUUAUGUAGGGACCCAUUAACAAGCUGCUAUAUAAUUAUAAGCAGCUCUCACAGUAGGGUUGAAAGAGAGUAUAAGGAAAAUUAGAAGUACUGUAUUUUUGCUAUUGGAAAUGAAAUAUUGUUUCAUGCACCUUUGAAAAAAAUAACAGGAUUUUACAGCCUUCUGAUGAUUCAUUCAAAGCAUGGGGAAUAGUUCAUAUGUUUGUUAAAUGAAAAUAUUACAUAGCUAUUUGUGUGUCCCUCCCACUUCAUAACUACAGAAACAUAUAUAUGAAUUUCUAAACAAAGUGAUAUUUUAAAGAUGAAUAGAUUCAGUGUGUACUUACCAGUUUACUAUUUGGUUUUAUCUUCAGGUACAGAUAGUUUGUGGUACUACUUGAAAAUACCUUUAAUAUUAUUUUCUUCAGAAUUUGUAAUAUAUAAUCCAGUUUGGGAUGAUGAAUAAAAUUUUUCUAAUCUCUUGA